AUGUCGAGUAGGCAGACGAAGAGGGCGCUGGCAAAGGACAGGGAUCUGCUGCUGCAGGCUGCCGCCGCCACGGUGGAGGAAGAGGAAGAUGAGGAAGAAGAGGAAGUGGAAUCUCAACCUAAGCGCGGCGGUUUCGUCAAUCCAUUUGAUCUCUUGAAUGAAGGCGAGGGUGGAGACGGCGACGAGGAGGAGCAAGAGGAAGAAGAUGGUGGAGACAAGGAGGAAGCGGCAGAGGAGCUUCCGCAGCAGCAGGCGCGCGGCAAGGGCAGGAAGAACAAGAAGGGCGCCGCGGCGACCGAGCAGAAGCGCGGUGGCGGCAAGGGCAAGGCCAAAGCGGGUCGAGCCCGGAACAAGGGCAAGAAGAAGGCCGAGGACAUCGACACCCUUCUCCAACAGUUCGCGAUUAAGGACGCGCAGGGCGGAGCUGCUGGUGCCGGCGGAGAGAAGAGCGGCGACGGUGGUGAAGGUGCGGAGGAGGACGCGCUCCUGUACCUCUCGGCCAAGUUCAUGAACGCCGAGGCCGAGCUCUGCCGCCUCUUUGGCGCCAAGACCGUAGCCGCGCAGCGCAAGGAGAGCUCCAGCUCGAAGAUCAAGACCAAGGCCAUGCUCAUGCAACCCAACGCCAAUUGGCCACGCUUCUCGGCCGAUGGCGUGUCGAUGGAGCUCCUCGAUUCGGUGAACGGCAUCAACUACUUCGGGAUCCAGUGGUCGGGCCAGUACAACAAGAUCAUGGAGCAGUACUUUGAGUGUGUGGAAAGCGGUGAUCCGAACACGAUCGCGCAGCUGCUCCAGUACCACCCCUACCACGUCGACGCCCUCGUGCAGCUCGCCGAGGUGUGCAAGCACACGGGCGAACUGGAGACGGCGACCGAGUUGGUCGAGCGCGCCGUGUUCUGCUUCGAGUCCGUGUGGCACCCCCUCUUCGUGCCCUCCCUCUUCCGCGGCAACGCCCGCUUCCUCUUUUCCCACGAGCCCAACCGAACGGCGCUCGAGUACUGCAAGCUUCUUCUCACACUCGACCCGUCGGAUCCGUUUGCGGUGCACCUCGUGGUGGACUACUUCGCCCUGCGUGCCAAGGAGUUUCCCUACGUGCUCCGCUUCGCCAGGGAGUACAACGCCCAAGAUCGGGCGGCGCGCGGGUCGUCGCAGCCCAAGGCCAAGACGGACCUGGCCUACGGCUUCGGACCCAUGUUCGAUCUGCCCAACUUCGCCUUCUCGGUCCCGCUGGCCAAGUUCUUCCUCGAGGGCGAGGGCGACCACGCGGAGAGCGCCGAGUGGCUCGAGCGCGCGCUGCUGCUCUACCCCAUGAUGCUCAAGCCGCUCCUCGCCAAGUGCAACGUGCGUCUGAGCGAAAAGGACCGGUUUGGGACGUGGGAGGAGCUGGUGGGCCACCGGUACUUCUCGGCGCCCUUUGCCUUCACGCAGCGCUACCUCAUCCCGCUCUACCUCUCCCGGGCGCACAUCAUGUGGAAGACGCCCCAGGUCCUGUUCUGGCUCAAGGGCGUGUGCAAGCGCGUUCUGACACGGGUCGAUGCCAGUGACGACAUCGUGUACACGAUGGCCGACAUCCGCGCCCAGCCGCUCUACCCGUCGUCCCUGGCCGGCGUGCACCGGCAUGUCCUCCUCUCUGAGCUGCCGGAGUCGAUUCGAGAUCUGCCGCCGGACGCGCCGCGCACGUUCGAGCUGUACGACGCCAGCGGCACCGUGGUGGCCCUUUCCCGAGCCCGCCGCCAGCGCCAGCAGCAGACAGCCGCCCAGGGUGGCGCCGCCGAGGGUCUCUUCGGCGACAACCCGCUCGCCAUGUUCCUCAUGACGAUGAUGUUGACGCUGACCGUGACGAUGGUGGUGACGAUGAACCAGAGCACGUUGAUGCCGUUCAUGCCGCUGCCUGGCGAAGCUGGCGCGGGUGCCGGCCCGGGCGGCGCGCCGCCACCGGCGGGAGGCGCAGCGGCCAACGAGUGGGUGCGGAAUCUGCUGCAGUACCUCGGACGCCAGCCCGACGGCGGCGCUCCCGACGGCGGCGCUCCCGACGGCGACGCGAGCGACAGCGACGAUGGCGAGACCGACGGCCAUUGA